UCAACCCGGAUGUAAAAUUGACGUUCCUUCCCCGCAUUCUAUUGCCUGUGAAAAAAAAAACCUGAUAUACAGUGUGUACUAUUUUCAAAGCAAAGGCCAACAAGGAGAGAGAGGAGUUAUCCCGGGCUGGUCCGGGUCUGUCCUUUAACCCUGCACAAGAAACAGGACCAACCACCAGCCGGGGCAAACGUAAAACACCGACAUGAGCAUUUAACAGGCUGCUGAGUAUCACUCGACACACUAGUACGUUGUUUUAUUUUCAGUAUAACUACUUGAUAUUUUUUAUUGUCUCGGUUUUGUUUAAUUUGGUUAGGCGCAAGAGUGACAGACUAGAAAGGUAAGGAUUAAAGAAAAUAAUAAUACACAACGUUUGUGUCGUGAACAGACAGUGCGCUCUACGGUUCAACAUUAACAUAUCAUCACAUUAUACAGCGAAACCGAUUAAUGGUAUGUGGACACAAAUAGUAAAUUGAACUGUAAAUGCCAAUUCCCCUUAAGUUCAACCUAUUUUAAGAAACUACAGUGAGUUAUAUUUUGGGUGCAAUAAUAUCAUUUGCCUAAUGGAUUUUCGGGGUAAGAAGUACGAGAGGGGCAGUAACUGGUCCGACCCAGAGGUGGUAGAGCUGCUUCAACUGUGGUCAGACGAAUCGGUCCAAAUGGAGCUAGAAAGCUGCCUUCGGAACCAGCACGUCUUUAACAGAAUCGCAGAGGUGCUUCGAGAAAAGGGCAUUCACCGAACCGGCGAUCAGUGUAGGGAGAAAAUAAAGAAAAUGAAGCUGGAGUAUCGGCGGAUCAAAGACAAUCAGAAGACACUCCGGGGAGGUAGAACGUGGAAGUUUUACGAAGUGAUGGAGCGGGUUCUGACGAACCGGCCGUCUAUCGCGUACAGCUCCCUGGGAGGCAGUGUGAUUGCCCAUCAGGUGCUGCAGGGUGCUCCCGGAGUGGAGGGCUACCAUCUUCACCCACAGCACCACCCCGCCUUCGGCUCGGCCCCACACAGCACCUUCAUAUUCGGACACCCCCCCAGACUCGGCGAGCUGAUGGAGAUUAAAUGCGAGGAGGUGGACUCGGAGGAACCAAGCAUGACCCCAGAACCCCCGCCGGAGUUAAUGUACCAGAUCUGCUCCGGGGAAGAACCGGAGGGGGACAGAGGGUUGGGACUGGAGCUAGAUGGUCCCAUGGGAGAUGGCCGUGGGGAAGAUCAGGCCGAGGCAAGCAUCUCUCCCUCAGGUUUCAGCGAGAGUAACAUGGCAUGCUCGUCUGCUGCCGGUGCCGGGGCCUCUGGGGGAGGCAGUGGUUUCCGAGCAGGGCCGUCUCUGGGUUCCCUGCCUCGCUUGCGGAAGCGUCGGAGGGUGGGUCGUGGACGGGAGCCACUGGACGAAGCCCUGGUGCGUUUCCUGAGCUCACAGCGUGCUGUGGAGGAGCGCUUCCUGGCUCUGGAGGAGUGUCGGCUACAGCGGGAGGCCGAGGCGGAGCAGCGGAGGGCCCAGAUGGAGCAGCGGAGGGCUGAGAUGGAGCGCCAGCACGAGUUCCGCAUGUUCAGUGUCUUCACUCACAUGGUGAGCGCACUGCGGCCCGACCUCUCCCCACCACCCUUUUCCCACAGGGGCAGAGCCAGGGAGGAGGAGGAGGAAGAGGGGAGGGGGCUGUACCCCCGACCAAGCAGUGACCCCCCCAGGGCUAGCCCCUACCUGUCGAGCCGUGGGAACCGGAUCCGAGACUUCGAGACCAUACUGCAGGAGGGCUACACCAUGUACCACUCUGACAAGCACGACGAGGACAAGAACCCAAGCGGCAUCAUCAACUUGGGAACCAGUGAAAAUAAACUGUGCUUUGACCUCCUUUCCAAACGGCUGUCUCAGACUGAUAUGUUCCAGAUCGACCCUCCUUUGCUGCAGUACCCUGACUGGAAAGGACACAAUUUUCUGCGUGAAGAAAUCGCCAGGUUUCUUACCUAUUACUGCAAGGCACCGGCCCCUCUGAAAGCAGACAAUGUUUUGGUGGUGAAUGGCUGUGGAUCUCUGUUCUCCUCUCUCGCUGCAGUUCUCUGUGAUCCAGAAGAUGGAAUCCUGAUCCCCACCCCCUUCUAUGGAGUGAUCACUGCAGAUGUCCUUCUCUACAGCAACGUCAGGCUGGUGCACGUUCCUCUCGACAGCCAGAUGAGUGGCAGUGAUGAGCGCCCCUUUCAGCUGACUGUGGAGAAGCUGGAGAAAGGUCUGGAGGAUGCUAAACAGGAGGGCAUCUCUGUCCGGGUUAUGAUUCUCAUCAACCCCCACAAUCCUCUGGGAGAGAUCUACACACCCACAGAGAUGAAAGAAUUCCUUGAAUUUGCAAAGCGACAUGAACUCCAUGCCAUUGUGGACGAGGUCUACAUGCUGUCUGUGUUUGACGAGUCUGCCACCUUUCACAGUGUCCUCAGCUUCAACAAGAUUCCAGACCCGCAGAGAACGCACGUGAUGUGGGGAAUCAGUAAGGAUUUUGCUGCCUCUGGGCUGCGUGUUGGCACUCUGUACUCGGAGAACAAGCAUGUCAUCGAUGCACUAGGGCAGAUGGCCUACUUCCAUGGGGUCCCUGGGACAACACAGCAGCAAGUGGCCCGUCUGCUUCAUGACAGAGACUGGAUCAACCAGGUGUACCUGCAGACGAACCGAGCCCGCUUAAAGGCAUCGCGCCAGUACAUAACCAGCGAGCUGAACUCGCUCAAUAUCCCCUACCUCGACCGGCCAGCUGGGUUCUACAUCUGGGCAGAUUUCAGAAAGUACCUCAGGGAAGAAACAUUUGAGGAGGAGAUCUCUCUCUGGCGCCAGUUUCUCAACAACAAGGUUCUGCUCAGCUGUGGUAAAGCAUUCGAGUGCAGCAAGCCAGGCUGGUUCCGAAUCAUCUUCACAGACAAGACCUACCGGCUCCAGUUAGUGCUGGAAGCGGAGCGGGUGUUUGCAGUCCUGGCCUUCAUCCUGGCUGGGAGCUGCAGCUGUGUGUGUCUGCUCUUCAUUUUGUGCUGGUCCUCUUACACCAGCAGGUCUUCCACUUCCACUUCCUCCCAGGUGAAUGGGGGCAAGGUUCUCUUCCCAGGGACACUCCUGCUGGUCAUCCUCUUCCCUACAGGUCUUUUCUUCCUCAUCAGUUGGUCUCUCUUUACCAGACACCACAGAGAUGAGAUCGCCGGUGACUUCGCUCAGCUCGGCUCCUGCUAUUGGCUGGGAGCCCUGGCUUGGGUUUUGCUGCUUGUGGCAGUGCCUGUCACCUUCGUCAUUGAGCAGUUUGUCUGCCCUGACCCCCCGGCUGACACGUUUGCCUUGCUGGAGCCAGGCUGCCCCUCACAGCAGAGGACUGGAGCAGGGUCAGUGCACAGGGUGGUGUGAUCGACCUCAAUAGGAAUAGGAUAAGAACAUUACAAGAGACCCUCGCUAAUGAACGGGAACCUCUUACCUACUACUGCCGCAGUGAAGAGAUCACGUGGAGGGAUAUAUCACGGGACAGAUUAAUCUCAUUUGUACUACUUUAUUGUUGUGUACUAUAGUAACAUUAACUUUUCAUUUAGAAAAAUAAAAUAUCUGUAAAACGAAGUAUGAUAUGAUUUGCUGUAAAUGCAGAGGAAAACUAAGAACUAUUCUUAAAGUAAUUCUAUAGGUUCUGUCCUCUCAAACCCCAGGUGCUUAUCGUAUCGCUUUCAUUUUGUAUUGUAUUGUACACUGGUGGUUGCAAGAAGAUGUAUAUUGUUAUUGUGGAACUUUGUAAUAGAGAUUUUUUAAUGUAUGUAUGAUGAAUUUCCACACUGAUUAAUAUGUGUAUAUUAUGGUGCGAGGUCAUCAUUUGAAACCCCCCAAACAUUUACA